CGACCCUCGACCUUGAGCCCGCAGUCGAACCCGCCCCGCAGCCGCCAUCGACCACGAGCGGCGGCGACCAGGCGGUGGGCGACGCGGCUCCCCUGAUCCCCUCCGGUAUGGACGGCCAGGCUCCACCCCCCGUCGCCGUAGCACCCGUAUCCCUGUCUCCGACUCUCGAGGCGGAGCACGAUGUCUCCGACUCUUCGGAGGCCUCCGAGGUUGGCGCUGGCGCUGGUGGUGUCGUGUCCCACCUGCCGACGUCGCCGCUCCCCGAGGAGGAAGAGGACCCCGUCGUCGCUUCUUUGGAGGCCUCCGAGGUUGGCGCCGGUGGUGUCGUGCCCCUGCUGCCGACGUCGCUGCUUCUUGACAGGGAGGACGACAUCGUCGUCGUCCCCGACACCGACGAUGCCGCUUCUUCGGAGGCCACCAAGGUUGACGCCAGCGGUCUAGUGUUGCUGCCGCAGUUUUCUACUCUUGAGGCAGAGGACGAACCUCUCGUCGUCCCCGACACCGUCGAAGCUGCGCUUUCGGAGGCCACCAAGGUUGGCUCUGGUGGUUUGGUGCCCCUACCGCCGCUGUCGCCUACUCUUGAGGCUGAGGACGAACCUCUUGUUGUCCCUGGCACUGUGAAUGAUGUCUCUUUGGAGGCCUCUGAGGUUGUCGUCCCUGGUGUCGGGCUUACUGACGAACUCCGCGAGAAGAUCGUCAAGCAGGUGGAGUACUACUUCAGCGAUGAGAAUCUUCCAACAGAUGACCACAUGUUGAAAUUUGUGAAGAACAACAAGCAAGGCUUUGUUCCACUUGGAGUUAUUGCGUCAUUUAGAAAAAUGAAGAAACUUACUCAGGACCUCUCCAUAAUUGAAGCUGCACUUAGGACAUCAUCAAAGCUGGUUGUGAGCUCAAAUGGGAAAAGGAUCAGAAGGUUACACCCCUUGCCAUGCAAUGAAUUGAAAGAUGUGAAGAAAAGGACUGUUUUGGUGGAAAAUCUACCUCUGGAUUUUUCCAUGGAGAGUAUUCAGGAGAAAUUUGGGACAGUUGGCAAAAUUAUGAAGAUAACCAUUCAUGAUCCACAUGCUGUGGGAGAAUCGGCAGCAUCCAAGAAACCUGACUUCAUGUUAAGUAAUAAGGUGCAUGCCGUUGUUGAGUAUGAAGCAGUGGAGGUAGCUGAGAAGGCUGCUACCACCUUAAAUGAUGAGAGAAACUGGAGAACUGGGAUGAGAGUCAUACUUCUGGCUAAACGAAGUGUAACGGGAUCAGCAAGGCAUAUCCAGUCUUCAAAAGAAAAUCAUGGAACAGUUUCUAAAAAGAACAAUGAGGACCAGUCUUUAAAAGAACAGGGGUCGGUAUCAGAACAAAAUGGUGGUGCUGAUUCAGGAGAGGUUGCUUUGGACAAGGAGAAUAUGAAUUCUGAUGUUAACCAUGAGGAAGUGCGCCGACACCAAAAGACAAUUGCUAAAGGGGGUCAAAAAGGCCGAUACAGAAGCCAAGGAAAAGGUCUGAUUCAGCAAAAUACAAGUGGACAUGGUCAUGGCUCAUUCCCUUCUGAUUCUAUGAACAAGCCUAUUUCUGGACCGAGAAUGCCAGAUGGGACAAGAGGCUUUACCAUGGGGCGUGGUAGAUCACCGCCACUUGAAAAAGCCGAGAAGGCUGAAGAAUAGAACUUUAUACAAACAAGCCUAGUAAAGAUGACUUGUAUACGGAGAAGGCACAUGGUUGGCAAAGAUGACUUGUGUACCGAGAAGGACCUUUUUUUUUUUCUUUUCUGUAGGGUCUUUUCUGAAUUUACUGGCAAAUUAAGUUGGUGGUUUCAUGCCUAGUUUUUCACCACUGUUUGUGACACACUGGCACUUUUGUUUAAUGAUUGCCAAAGCUUUGCCGGCACUUGUGAUUAUCAUAGACUUCAGCUCCGAAUUAAGAGUACAAGUUUGGA